AAGGUCGUGUGCGUUCAGGUCAGACGCCGGACUGUUUCGCGCGUGCGCUCUGUCGAAUUAACAUUUGGCAAUCCAUAGCUCUUUAAAUACUUGAAAUUUGUAAAAAUGUCAAUUAUUUAACCGAAAAGUGUGUUUAAGAUGAUGUUCAUGACAAACUGCAAAACACUGCCUUAAAGGCAAAUAGUUUGUUAGUGUCCUUGUGAUGUAAUGCGACUUCAAGCCAGUUUACUGAGGCUAGGUGUCUUCUCUUCCUAACUCUUACUUUAGAUCCUAAAUACUACCGAGUUUUAAAGCACUUGUUUGAAGAAACAUUGCUGGUGUCAGAUUGUCAUGAAAACCCUGAGCCUAAUAUCUAAACGCAACUCAGCCACAGAUUAAUUGCCAUUAAGUAACCUUGGACUUCUCACCCUAUAGCUGUUGUCAGAUGAAGACAAAAAACUUACUAUUUGGUAAUCUUGGCUUAACACUAACCGGAAACCUAAUACAUAAGUUUAACCUUAUGUGAAGGUUGAUUAUUUAGACCCAAGCAAAUCUGCUACUGUUAUUUACUUGUCCUAUAACUAGUCAGUGUUUCUUGACUUAUUGAUAGUCCACUGAAGGUGGUCAGUAUAUCAGAUUUUUACUGUGUUUAAUCUUAAUAAUAGGUCUUACUACUUUUAAAUAAACCUUUUACUUCAGAUCUUAUACCUCAGUUGCAUAUAAUCAAAGUGCAUGUGGUAAAAGGGUUGUAGAGAUGCUGUCUCGUAGUUUUCAAAGACUUUUCCUAAAUUAUCACAAGUUUUGCUUGACGUCAUCUUCUCUCUGUGGUUAUAUUCCUCAAGUUUUAGUUUCCAGUUCGCCUGCCUAUUUAUAUCGAUCUCAUGCUUGUGGGGAGCUGCGUACACAACAUAUCAACUCUACCGUCACUGUAUGUGGAUGGCUUGAACAUAGUCGACUGUCAUCUCGUUUUCUUGUUCUUCGUGAUGAUUGUGGUUCAGUACAAAUAUAUUGUGACAGAAAGUCUCUCCAAAUCCCACCGACUACUUUAGAGUCAGUCCUUAGAGUGACAGGUAAAGUUCAGGCACGUCCAGAAAGGGAUGUGAACAAGGUAGUGUCAUUUGUUCUGUCUUAACUUCAAGCUUAUGUCAACUGGUGAGAUUGAAUUAGUUGCUGAAAGCAUUGAAAUCCUUAAUCAUUCAUCCUUACUCUCCUUUCUUCCGAAAGAUGCAGUGACUGUUAGUUGUUAUCCUAUGAUUACUCAGUUAACUUUAAGGUCAAUGAAAAUGAAAGAUUAAAAUAUCGUUACCUUGAUCUUCGUGCACAGAAUAUGCAAAGAAAUAUGCGGUUUCGUUCAUCUAUUGUAUUACAAAUGCGAAACUUCUUAUGUCAAAAUAAUGGAUUUAUUGAAAUUGAGACUCCAUAUUUGUUCAAAAUUACUCCAGGGGGUGCCCGUGAGUUUAUCGUACCUACGCAGUUUCCUGGUCUGUGUUAUUGUUUACCUCAAAGUCCCCAGCAAUUCAAACAACUUUUGAUGAUAGGUGGAUUUAGCAAAUACAUGCAAAUUGCUAGAUGCUUUCGUGACGAGACUUCUAGGUCUGACAGACAACCCGAGUUUACGCAGUUGGAUAUAGAAAUGGCGUUUAUCACUCCGGAUGAUAUUUAUGAAAUUAUUGAGAAUAUGCUGUUAUAUAUUUGGCCUACAGUUCAGAGUAUUUCAGGUUGUCAACCAAUAUCGGUACCUUUUCAUCGUAUGGAGUAUUAUGAUGCUAUGUCACGAUACGGAAGUGAUAAACCGGAUGUACGUUUUGGUUUUCUACUUUCGUAUUCCACAGUUGAUGGACAUACCGGUUUUAAAAUACCAGGGAAAUACUCGUCCAGUCUGAGUUCUGAAGAUUGGGAUUUCUUAAAAAGUUUGAUUAUUCGUCUAACUGGCCAAAAGAUAUCAAUUUUUACAGUUCAGAAUACCAAGUCAGAAGAACACUUUGACUUAUUAAAUUUAUUAAAGCCUGAAUAUGGUGAUUCAAUUGUCUUCAUAAAAGGGAAUACAGAAAUUGAGUUAAAAGCAUUGGGAACGGCACGAGUUGAAAUUGCUAAGCUUAUUGAUUCAAAAGGUUUGUCAAUCUAUGAACCUGGAUUUCAUUUCCUAUGGAUAAAUCAAUUUCCGUUAUUUGAAAAAAAUCAAUUAGGUCAGUGGACAUCAACGCAUCAUCCGUUCACUGCGGCGUCACCGGACACAGCGCACUUCUUGUAUACUGAUCCAAGCAAGGUUAUCGGUUUGCAUUAUGAUUUAGUUUGUAAUGGUCAAGAGAUUGGAGGUGGUUCGAUUCGAGUACACAGUCCGGAUGUGCAAAAGUAUAUUUUUACCGAAAUUCUCAAGGAGAAGUCUUGUGAAAUGGAAUACUUUUUAACUGCACUAAAGUCUGGAGCUCCACCGCAUGGUGGGAUUGCAUUAGGUCUUGACCGUUUAAUAGCAAUAUUUCUGAAUGCUAAAUCAAUCAGAGAUGUAAUUGCUUUCCCAAAAGCUGCCGAUGGAAAAGAUCUUUUAUGUGGGACACCUACUAUGGUAGACAAUGAAAUUUUGUCACAGUAUCAUAUUUCAUUUUUAAAUCGUAAUAAAAGUUAAUUUGUAAA